UGAACGACUUUGGAGAAUUGUGCUGUAGUAUCUCUGACUUAAUGUUUCCCGCGGAAUAGGAAUAUUUGAAAUUGAAGACUAUAAAGUGUGGCGGCACCGUUGAAGAGCCUGUAAUGCAAAUACUGGGCAGCAGGAAAAUAACUGAUGCAGGAUCUAGUGAGAGAUAUCAGCUUCUGGUUUCUGAUGGCUGCCACUUGAACAAGUAUGCCUUGCUUGCAAGACAUUUGAAUGACAAGUUGACGUCUGGAGAGCUGUCGGUCUACUCUAUAGUCCGAAUGAACCACUUGUUUACAUCUAUGGUUAAAAAAUUAGGAAGGCCAGAAAUGUGUGUCAUGAUAAUCCAUGACCUGACAGUACUGGCAAAGGGGUCGGAGGUCAGGGUGACUAUUGGCAAUCCUGUAGCCUUGCCAGAGGGCGGCUUCAGUAUGGCAGCACUGCCUGCACCCACACGGCCAGCAAUAACAUCUCUUGCAGAGUCCAGGAUACAAGCAAAUGGCUGUGCAGGAUCCACCCACACACAGCCGUUGCUAUCUCAGAUGGGAAAUAAUGCUACUGAACUUUCACCUCCAGCUGACAAGCACAUAUUCCCACUCACUAGUUCCAGCUGGUACCAGAAUGAUUCUACUGAGCUAGAAGUUUCACGCAUCAGCCAUGACAUCAGCUUAGAAAUAGACCAAAAAAGUGCACAGAUGCAGCGUGGCUUUGCUAAUCUGUUAAACUGGAAUGAAAGUUUCUUUGCUGAAAUGAUGAAAACAAUAGAUGAAGGUGCACACAAAACACAUGAAAGUCUGUUGACAUUAAGUGAAAAUCUAGCUCCAUCAAAUCUCGUAACACAAUUAUUUUCAUCCGUGAUCCAGAAUCUUCUGGUUGAAAAUGUUGCUUUAGCACAUCUUGUGACAAAGCAGGUCCAGAGAAACAGAGUAACAGUUGAAACCUUCGCUAGAACACAAUUAGAAACUCUGCAGCCAUUCAAACAUUUUCUCAACAUUCAACUUCAUAAAUUUAAAGAAGUUGAGAGAAUCCAGAGAGAACAUAUAAAACAGCUAGAAGCUAAAUUGAAACAUAAAGAGGAGUUGCUCUCCAGAUUACGAAACCUAAUUAAUGUGGCCACUGAGGAUGAGAAGUUGUUUCAUCAUGUAUCAGCAGAAAAUGAAAAUUAUCCUCGGAAAUGGGAAUGACAUUGAUGUGUUUAAGUUUAUAGAUUAUGGAGCGGGACUCCAGUUUACAAGAAUUAUUUGAAAUUGUUGAGAGAAUGUGGAAGAAUAUCAAGGGCCCUAAACUGUAAAUUCAUUUCAUUACAGGAGCUGGAUUCCAAUUUACAGAAAUUGAUUGGAAAAUCCGUUUCUGUAAACUGGAGUCCAGCUCGUGCAAUAAAAACAUUUAGCUGUGAUAAAUAUUUAUUUACAAAAAUCAAAUACCAACUUAACUAUGAUCAUUAUU